AUGUCGAUAAACGCACAAAUCCAUUCAAAGAUAAUCGCACAUGCAGGCAAAUACCCGGAAUGUGCUAUAAAUGGUAUCUUGAUUGGCAGAUUAGAUGAUAAGAAUGUAGAACUAGUUGACGCUAUACCCGUACAACACCUCUGGAACAAGCUAUCACCUGUAUUGGAAAUGGCAUUACAACUCGUCGAAAUACACGCUAACUCGUUGAACCUACAAAUAGUCGGUUUAUAUGAAGCUUCUGAGCUUAUCGAUCAACAUCCUACGCUGUCUUCCACAACAACACACAUACUCAACAAAAUAAAGUCAAAUGCAAACAACAGUAAACAUGUAGUUGGGAUAGCUGUAGAUAACAGAAUUAUUCUUAAGGAUUCAAAAGAAGCGGGUCUACAUUCAAGCCUAGCCAGUCACAAUCAUUCACCAGCUAUACCUCAACAAUAA